CCAGGUGACAAGAUUGACAAGGUCAGCUGUCAAUUCUAAUGUCUAGCACCGGUAUUUGUUUUGGUUUUGGGGUUAUGACCUAUUGUGGAUGUGGAUUAUUGCUGUGAUUUUGCCGGUUGUCCUAGUAUUAUAUCUGGCAUAUAGCUGGCUUUCCGCAUAUAUGUUUUCGUGGUCGUUUCUGAUUCUCGUACAUAAUGUUACUGCAGCAAGUCAGUUUUCGAAGUGUGUCACUCAACAAUUUGUUAAAAAAUCUCAAUUUGGGCUCUGUAUCAGCAGCCCGGUGGAACAGUUCAAAAAAAGAUAUAAUUUUAGGCAUAGAAACUUCCUGUGAUGAUACCGGUUGCGCUUUAAUAGACACUGAUGGAAAUCUUCUUGGCGAAGCAUUGAAUUCACAACAUUUAAUACAUCUCAAUAAUGGUGGUAUAAUACCACCAAUAGCCCAAGAUUUACAUAGGAAGAAUAUAGAGAGAGUUGUGGAGGAGGCAGUAGAUGCAGCAAAUGUUCAGUUUGAAGAUAUUUCUGCUAUAGCUACUACUGUUAAACCAGAUGUGUCAACCAUCGCGUGCGCUCUCAUGCAAAGUUAUCGUUGUAUAAUCGGAACACUUGAGAUAUCUGUAAUAAAUCCUUAUUGUUAAUAUAAAAGAAUCAAGCAAAUAGAUCAUCACAACACUAUUUAAGGUGUGUACCUUGAAAAUACCGGCAUAAUAAACGAUAAACAUCCAGCUCUGCCGGUCUCAGAAGCUGGCGUUUGCUUUAGAAUGUUUAUUAUACAAUACAUAAUAAUCUGCAGGAAUCGAAGAUACAGACCCCAAAAGUACAGCGAUGCGGAGUGGAAGAUGUGGUGGGCACAAUACAAUACAGGCGUCACACACUACUGCGAUUACGAGGAAGUUAGAGCAGAUUUAUUCACUGCUCCACUAGAUUACUCGUUGGGACAUUGUGUUUCGCAAGAUCUGAAAAUGUCACGAUGCAUCGCUAAAAUAUUUAGGCAAAAAUACGGCGGCCUGGAGGAACUUCGUGCCCAACAUGUAGCUCCGGGAGGAGUCGGCGUCCUCAAACGUGAGGGUAGAUUGUUGUUCUACAUGGUAACCAAAAAACAUUUUUGGGGAAAGCCCACUUAUAUAACUAUAUUUUUGGCGUUGCGUCGCGUGCGCGAGUAUGCCAACCUAUACGGUGUAAACAAAGUGGCCUUCCCCAGAAUUGCAUGCGGUCUGGACAGGAAGAACUGGGGAGUCAUCUCUAAGAUAAUAAAAUUUGUUUUUCAAGAUACUGAAAUAGCAAUAAAAAUAUAUGUGAUGUGAUA